CUGCCCUCUUUGUUCCCUCACACAAUGACACUAGGAUCCUUGGGAAACAGCAGCCCUGUUUCCUCAUUCUUCCUGCUGAGUGGCGUUCCUGGUCUGGAGCACAUGCACACCUGGAUUUCCAUCCCACUAGGCUUCAUGUAUCUGGUUUCCAUUCUGGGCAACUGCACAAUUCUUAUCAUCAUUAAAACAGAGCCCUCACUCCAUGAGCCUAUGUACCUCUUCCUGUCCAUGCUGGCUCUGACUGACUUGGGUCUGUCCCUUUGCACGCUUCCCACAGUGUUGGGUAUUUUUAUGGUUGGCACACAAGAAAUUAGUCACAAUGCCUGUUUUGUCCAGCUCUUUUUCAUUCACUGCUUGUCCUUUCUCGAGUCCUCCGUGCUACUGUCCAUGGCCUUUGACCGCUUUGUGGCCAUCUGCCGUCCCUUGCACUAUGCUUCUAUUCUCACCAACACAGUCAUUGGCAGGAUUGGCCUGGCCUCUCUGGGCCGGAGUGUAGUACUCAUUUUCCCAUUGCCUUUUAUGCUCAAAAGAUUCCCCUAUUGUGGCUCCCGAGUCCUCUCACAUUCAUAUUGUCUCCACCAAGAAGUGAUGAAAUUGGCUUGUGCAGACAUCAAGGCCAACAGCAUCUACGGCAUGUUUGUCAUUGUCUCCACAGUGGGUAUAGACUCACUGCUCAUCCUCUUCUCCUAUGCGCUGAUUCUGCACACUGUGCUGUCCAUCGCCUCCAAGUCUGAGAGACUCAAAGUUCUUAAUACGUGUGUUUCUCACAUCUGUGCUGUGCUGCUCUUCUAUACUCCCAUGAUUGGUUUGUCUGUCAUACAUCGGUUUGGAAAGCAGGCACCACCUUUGGUCCAGGUGGUCAUGGGUUUUGUGUAUCUUCUCUUUCCUCCCUUGAUGAAUCCCAUUGUCUACAGUGUAAAGACCAAACAGAUCCGAGAACGAGUGACCCACGCCUUUCGUCACUAACUGGAUAUAAAUUUUGGAGGCACCAUCUCCUUAAAUGU